GAGAAGAAGGAGAAGAAGGAGAAGAAGGAGAAGAGACAGCCAGCCCCCAAGGAAGAGUUCAAGAUUGUUCCCUCCAUGCUCGACCUUCGCGUAGGCCACAUCACUAACGCUCAGAAGCACCCCGAUGCCGAUGCCCUUUACGUCGAGAUCAUCGAGCUUGGUGAGCCCGAGCCCCGCACUGUUGUUUCCGGCCUUGUGCGCUUCAUCCCCAUUGAGCAAAUGCAGGACCGCGAUGUUGUACUUGUCUGCAACCUUAAGCCCGUUGCUAUGCGCGGCGUAAAGUCCUUCGCUAUGGUCCUUUGCGCCACUAGCCCUGAUGGAAACACUGUUGAGUUUGUCGAGCCGCCUAAGGGCAGCAAGCCUGGAGACCGCGUGUACUUUGAGGGAUUCGAGGGUGCUGAGCCUGAGGAGGUGCUUAAGCCUAAGCUCAAGAUCUUCGAGACAAUCCAGCCCGGCAUGUUCACUAACGAUGACCGCGAGGCUGGCUGGUACGAUGAUGAGAAGAAGUUCCACAAGCUGCUUGUUGGCGGUAAGGUCUGCACAACUGCCACUAUUGCCAAGGGCUCGCUCAAGUAAAAAAACAGAGAGAUUAGCAAUGUUUUUUCAAUACGGUAUCGAUUUUAAUAUUUGUCAAU